AUGUCAGAUAUCAUUAAGACGAGUGAGUCCGAAUUACGUCAACGUUCGACGUGCAUCGCCAACAAAGAUGGGCAUUCGAAACUUCUGAAAGAGAGUAAAGUAGUCGAUAGUGAUAGUAUUAAUAAUAGUGCCGUUUCAAGUCCCUCAACUGAAAAAACAUAUAAUGAUAUUGAUAAUAACCUCAAUAAUAAUCGAGAAAUAUCAAACGAAGUUGUAUAUGGUAGAACUCCCGAUGGCAAAGUGUUCAAAGUGCCGCAUACCACAGACAUGUUAACCGCCGUAUUUCUACCAAACAUGCAAAAAUCCACGUUUGAUUAUCUAACGAUAUUCGUGAUGACAUUACAAAUCUUGUUAUUUUUUGCUUUGCCGGCGCACAUUCGACCAUGGAUCUAUUUAUUUUUGUUUAUUUUUUGGCGUGGAGCUUAUAAUCUCGGAUUAGGAUUAUUAUUGAAAUAUCAAAGUGAUCGGCGUAUGUUUGUGACGUGGGUGAAACGUAAAAAGCUUUUUGAUAAAGAGAAAAGUAGAAAUGUGUACACAUUCUUGAAACGAGAAUUGAGUGCGAAAAUGGGCAAUGAUUAUGAUUUUGAUACAGCUCCUAUUGAAUUCAAUACUUGGCUUCUCUUUCGUGAACUCGUUGAUUUGAUCCUAUUAAAUGAUUUCGUCUCGUACAUGUGUUUUGCUCUGGCCAAUUUCAGUAUUCCAGAAAAUUCUGGUGUCAUCCUUAAUGUGCUACGAUGGGCUGGUGGAUUGUUCUUGUUCUGGUUCAAUAUUUGGGUUAAAACUGAUGCUCAUCGAGUUGUCAAGGAUUUUGCAUGGUAUUGGGGUGACUUUUUCUUUCUCGUCGAGCAAUCCCUGACGUUUGAUGGAGUGUUUGAAAUGGCGCCGCAUCCUAUGUAUUCCGUCGGGUAUGUGGGCUACUAUGGAAUUUCAUUGAUGAUGGCAAGCUACACCGUCUUGUUUGUUAGUUUGGCUGCACAUGCUGCUCAGUUUGCUUUCUUGACGUUCGUGGAAAAUCCUCAUAUUGAUAAGACAUAUAAUCCUCCACAACCGCUCAACGCCAAACACAAACAACGAACCAGCAGCCUUUCAACGGAUCUAUCUUCACGAACUUCCGAAUCCGAAUGUCUAUCCACAACAGCAGGAAUUCAACCAACUCUUCCCGAUCUAUCGAAUGCAUCAAUUUCGCAUUUCCGACAUGAUUUGAUCGUCUUUAAGAAUUUUGAUCUGCUUCGUUCGACGGAUUUAUUCUUAGUUUUCAUCAUCUUUUACUCGGUGGUUGUGCCAUUAUUCAUCGCUGGUGCUUCGGAGAAUGUUGUUAAAUUUUUCGUUAUCGUGCAAUGUUUAGCCUGGCGCGUAUUUCAUACCUAUGGGUUAGGUGCCGUUUUAUCCUUACAGAGUAGGGAAAAGGCAUUGACUAAACAUUACAUUAAAUACGGUGGAAGUGUUGGUGAUGCAUUUUCGAAUUGGAAGAACGUCUACAAUCUCUCAUUAUGCAUGACAUAUGUGACUUUCUUUUUGGCCGCAUGGUAUAUGUAUCACCUUCCUGAGAACUGGACAUAUGGACUGGUGCUAUUACGACACGUUCUCGGUGUAUUACUUAUCGUGUUACACAUUUGGACUUCUGUUUCCGUAUUCGAAGUAUUGGGAGAUUUCGGAUGGUUUUAUGGAGAUUUUUUCAUUGAUGAUUAUCCCACGACUCUUUACUACACGGGCAUCUACCGAUUUCUUAAUAACCCCGAAAAAAUCAUGGGACAUUCCGCGUUCUGGGGUAUCACCUUGAUCGCCAAUAGUUGGUUAAUAUUUGGAUUAUCAUUGUUCUCUCAAAUUUCAAACGUGCUGUUUUUGCGAUACGUGGAAAGCCCACACAUGAAGAGACUAUACGGGGAUAAAAUACGGAAAGAGGCUGGCGUCACCAAAACGAUUAAACGUGUCAAGACCAUUAUCCCUGGUAAAGUUAAGGCGGAAGUUUCGAAAAUCCGAGAAGCACCCGAGAUUCAGGUCGUUGAACGGGUUGUAAAAGAAGUCGCCGAGACGAUGGAGAAAGUGGUUGAAGACGCGACCGAAGCUGUCGGAGAAUUCGUGGGGGCGGCGCGCCCGAAAAUACAGGAAGCCGUUCUCGAGGCAAGAAUUUUGCUUCGAAACUCAAGGGAUAAACUUCUAUAUGGUCGCGGAAUUGAUGGUGUCGAGGAUUAUGAUCUUACUCGAUAUUCAGUAUCUCCUAUUCCACCAUCAUCUACACAUAACACAAAUAAUGUAAAUAACAUGGAGGCCGAUAAACUCUUAACGCCACCUUCCUCACCUCAUCCCAACGGAAUACAUGCUAAUGGGAAGACAAAUUCAUCGUCAAAUUCUUUAUCACAUGAACUUGGAUCACCCAUUAGAAUAAAAUGGACAGCUCCACAGAAUCAUUCCCGCCAAGAUUGGAUAGGUGUAUAUAAAGUUACAGCCAAUUCAUCACAAAUGGUCACCAGUGUAUCUAGUAAUGGUCGAUAUUUAUAUGUCAGUCCGGAAGAUGAUGCUGAGGCUUCUUUUACCCUUAAUAAUAACAAUAAUGCAUGUGAUGAUGAGGUAAAAACUGGUGAACUAUGUUUCCGUGGAGAUUUGCUACCUUGGGAAAUUGGAACUUAUGAAUUCAGAUAUCAUCAUGAUGAUAAACACAUGGUGAUGACUGUGUCUCAGCCAUUCGAAAUUAUCGUGAACACGCCAAAGUACCCAAAAGAUCUUCCCACCAUAGAACAAUCGAUUCUUGAUUUGGUUCGAAAAGCUCUCGACUCGGACCCCUCUUUAGUACCACACACGACAAGUGACGAUUAUCUAUUAAUGAAAGAGGCGCAUGCAAAACGUAUUGUAUACGGAAUUAAAAUGAUGUUUGGCGUGGACUUUGCUUGGGAAGUGGUUGCUAUCGAUGGAAAUGUUGGCAGAUUAGCAAGAAGGAUAUAUAAUGCACUACGUGCACUCGCUCCUUUCUUGUAA